AUGAAUGACAUCAGGCACAAGUUUUCAACAAAAUGUAGGCCCUUCCAAGAUUUGUGUAUUGACGAAAGUCUGGUGCUGUGGAGAGGUAUCAUCUUGGAUUUCAUAUUAUACACUGGAGCACAAACUGAGGUUCAGGUUGACUCAAAAUUUGGUUUUGCUGGCUCGGUAGUCAACACUUUGAUAGAACCAUACUUGGGGAAAGGACAUAAUCUUUUUACAGAUAGUUAUUACGCCAGUCCAAUUCUGUUUGAACACCUACAGCAAAACAGUACAGGAGCUUGUAGCACAGUUCGACCAAACAGAAAAGGGGUGCCUUGGUUCCCUGCAGUCAACCGGGGUGAAGUUAGUGCUUGCCACAAGAACAUGAUGUGCUUCAAAUGGUCUGCCAAACGAAUGGUCCAUAUGUUAACAUCAAUCCACGAGAACAAGAUUAUUCAAACUGAAAAAAAAGAGAUUACAUUACAGGAGAGCCAAUAA